AACCCUUGAUCCUAUUACAGUUGUUGGUAGCAGGGAUUCAUUAGCCAAAUUCUAAAUCUAUCAUUGGAAUUCUUGAUAUCUAUGGGUUUGAAAGUCUUAAAUUCAAUUUAUUCAAGCUGUUGGUAGCAGGGAUGCAAAUGAUGCAUUUGUUCUUCUAUGAAUUUGAAUUGAAUAGUUGAAUUUGUUGUAGGCUCUUGCUAGCUGAUGGCUAGUUGAUAUUGUACAAUUUAUCAUGGCGCUUGCUUUCUAACAAGGUUGCAAGUUCUUGUAACUUUGUAACUCCAUCACUUUGUGGCGGUGGCAAAAGAAGAGGUGGUGGUGGCAGAGUUAGAGUUGGCCGGAAAGGGGCAAUGAGAAUGUCAACAGCAUUUUGCAUAACAGGAUGGUUAGCCCUCUUCUUCUCAAAGGUAUGCAUCUCAUGCAAUAUGUAAAUUCAUCUCCUAAAAAAAAGUUAUCGAAAUUGAAAUGAGGUUCAAUUUGUUAUUUUGUCUGCUUCAAGAUCCUUACUCACUUGACUUUGGAAGAUUUUUCACAGGAUAUGGAAUUGGAGUUAUCUCAUAUGUGGUUCCUAUAUAUAUAGUUGAAAUAGCACCAAAGAAUCUUCGAGGUGGACUUGCAACAACAAAUCAGCUUAUGAUUGUUAUUGGAGCUUCAGUCUCAUUCUUAAUAGGAAGUGUCAUAACUUGGAGACAACUAGCUCUAGCAGGACUUGUUCCAUGCAUUUGCUUGCUGAUUGGUUUGUGGUUUAUCCCCGAGUCCCCUAGAUGGCUGUAUGGAAAUAAAAGAAAAAAUCAGAAACUUGAUUCAUGGCUGCUAGAAGCAGAAGUUUAGAGUACAAUGCACGGUUUUUAGCUUUUAUCAAUAUCCAAGAAUCAAAAUAAGGUCAUGACUCAUGACAAAUGCUCUUGCAACAUCUGUCAGUGAAAUAUUGCAGACUUUUGAAUAUACUUACCAACCGGAAAAGAAUUAGGGUUUGAACAUCAACAAUGUCAUCAACUUCAGUGCUUGACACAUAAGGAAAUGCCCUAUUCACUUUGAGUAAGUAAAAACAACAUAAAAAAAGAAUUUCACAAUCAUUAAUCAAUGUCAGUUCUUGAAAAUUAUAGCAACA